AUGUCAACGGUAGAUAUUAAGAAGCCUCAGAUGGGUGCUGGUGGACCGAAGAAGAUCACUGAGGGAGAGGCAGACUUGUACUUGGACCAAUACAACUUCACCACAACGGCAGCCAUUGUGGGAUCUGUAGACCGUAAGAUUUUCGUUUUACUGCGGGAUGGGAAAAUGUUAUUCGGUGUGCUGCGGACCUUUGACCAGUACGCUAAUGUGAUACUUGAGCACUGUGUGGAGCGGAUAUAUGUACCGGAGAGUAACCAGUACGCGGAAGAAACCAGAGGUUUGUUUAUGGUUCGUGGUGAGAAUGUAGUGAUGUUGGGCGAAGUCGAUAUCGACCGUGAGGACGGGCCAUUGGAGUCGAUGGAGCGUAUACCGUUCGCAGAAGCCAGUAAAAGACGCAGGGACGGAGAUGAGGCAAGAUACCGCCAUGAGACGGCCAAGGGCAAGCAAUUGGCACGCUACGGGCUACUAUACGACUUCCACAAGUCUGACAUGUACUAG